AUGCGCGUCUCUUCGCCACACAAUGGCGGUGGAGCUGGCGGCACCGUAGCGCAGAGGUCUGCUGCUCACAGUGGCGCCAGCGCGCCGGCGAACACCACCGCCGCCACCGCAGAGCUGCACACCCCGUUGUUCACGGCUGCCGAGAACGCAGAGUUCCAGGCCAUUGUGGCGGAGUCCAACACCUUCCAUGAGUACGAGCGGCAGUAUCAAGAGGUGCUCAUGACGCUGGAGGGAGAUGACGUCCUCGACAAGUUCCGCGCGGAGUACGAGGGCCUCCACAGCUCCUUGCUGCGCAGUCAUGAGGGCGAAGGCCGGCUGCUGCGCAAGUGCACAGACCUGCAGAGCGACAUCGAUGCCUGCGCGGAGAAGGCGGUUGUGGCGGCUGAGAUGACUCUGGGUGAUCGUGACACCAUCGCCAGCCUCAAGGGUGAGACGGAGCGCACCUCCCAUAGACUGGCGGAGGUGCGGGAGAAGGAGGCGCAGCUGAAGGAGACGAUCGCCACGGUCAAGCGCGAGAUCGCGGUGCAGCAGGCGAAGGCGCAGGAUCCGAUCGAGAUGCCAGAGCAGGAGGCGGCCUUACAGAGUCUACGGCGCCUCCAUGAAACACUGCAGCGGGAGGAGGAGCAGCUGACGCAGCAGUUGCGUAGCACCUCUCUUGACAUGGCCGCCACGCAGCGGCGCAUCGCCGCACUGCUGAGCAGCAACUCCGGCAAUGCCGCUGAGCUCCGUCUGGUACGCGAGGCCAUCGCGCAGAGGGAGGAGGAGGCGCAGAGGGUGCUGGAGAGCAAGUCUAUGAAGGAGCAGGAGCUGCAGGCGGUGCGCGACACGAUCGCCCGCCGUAUCGCGUACCACACCUCUCAACAGCAUACCCUCGAGGCGCUCGUCGAGGACCACGAGCGCAACGGGCAGGAGCUGCGCGACGUCAGGCAGGAAGAGGCGCGAUUGGCCGAAGAGUACCAGGGUGUCUGCCGCCAGCUGCAAAACGUCAACACGGCUCUGCAGGAGUGCAAUGAGGAGAAUGAUCUGUGGCAGCGGCGCGUGUACGAGAAGGCGGCGGAGCUGCAGGCGCAGCAGGCCGCAGUCGCCUCCGUGCACAGGCGCUACGUCAAGGCUCAGAAGGUCGUCGAGGCCCUUCAGCGGCGCAACGCGGUUAUGGAGGUGCAGAAAUCGGAGCAGGUAGACAAGCAGUUCGACGCGGCGGCGCAGCUGAAGAGCAAGGAGGCCGCUCUCGCCCUUGCGAAGCGGGCAGCCCGCAGUGCCGCGCAGACGGCAGCGUCCGUCAGAGAGGAGGUCAACAUUCUGCAGCAGCAAAUCACCGGCGAGGCGGCCGAGCAGCAUCGCAACGCUGCGUGGCUCGCGGAGAAGCGUGGACAGAUACGCGUGCUCGAGAGCGUGCUGACGUCCUUUGAAGAGCAGAUCCAGAGGACGCACCGGGAGGUGUACGUCGUGACGCAGGAGGCCGAGUUUAGCGAGGCGAGAGCGAAGAAGCAGGCCUUUGCGUGCGCGCACCUCCUCAGCAGCAUUGAAAACAAAGAGGCGGAGCUGGCCCAGUACGAGGGGAGUCUGACCGAGUUGGAGGCACGCAUCAAGCAGCAGCAGGCGCUGCUCGAGUCGAUGGUGGCGGAGCGCAACACGUACACCUCGCACUACAACCAGCUGAAGCAAGGCCUCAGUGAGCAGCAGCAUCGGCUCUCACUGCUGCUGGCGAAGGUGCAGUCCAUGCGCAGCUCCAUUCAGAAGCGGGAGAAGGAUGUGAAGCUCGAAGUGGCACACAUCCAGCUCCUGCGGCAGCAGCAAAAGGCGCUUGAGGGGCACGUGACGGACUACCAGCGGCGGACCCACAAGAGGCAGCGGUGCGCUGAUGCGCUGGGGGAGGAGAUACAGCAGCUUCGCGCGGUUCUCAGCGAAGCAGCGGACGAGACGACCCGGCAACAGCGCCGCUGCGAUGACGUUGUGCAUGAGAGGGACAGACUCAACCGCCAAGUGACGAACCGCGCCACGGAGCUGCACGCGCUGUACGAGCAGGCCCGCACGCAGCAGUCUCUUCUUCAACACCACGAGGGUCUCUACAAUGACCAGGCACGACAGCUGGAGCACCUCCAGUACCAGACGUUGCAGUUUGCGCAGCAACUGGAGCAGAUGCGCAUGUUCGUCGCCCGCCUGCCCGAGUUGCGCGUACUGCUGAACAACGCCACACGUGAGCUGCAGCGGGAGAAGGUGCGGGUGCAGGCGCUGCUGGAUGACGCGUACCACCCCGUUAACGUGCACCCGUACCACGAGGUGGCCUCGGCAGAGCCGGAGACGUAUGCGCUGCUGCAGCGUGUGCAGAAGCUGCAGCGGGUCCUGGUCCAGCGCCAGAAUCAACUGGAGGAGCGAGAGGCGGCUAUCCAGUCGGUGGAGCAGCGCUACAUGAAAGCCAAGGCCACCGUCGCGCACCAGCCCGGGCCGGAGAUCGCGGAGCAGCUGACUGCCUAUCAGCAGAACCUCGUGAAGAAGGGCCAGCAUAUGCGGCAGAUGCAGGAGGCGCUCGAGUUCUUCAGGUCGCAGACGGACCAGUUCAAGGCUCGACAUGACGUACUGCGAGAUCGGCUAACCGAAAUGGGUAAGACGUACGCGGCUGGCCGUGCGGAGGAGGAGAGACGCUCCAGAGCAGGCGUUUUGACAGGCGCCACGUCCACCACGCCACGCCCCGACUCACCAUCCGUGACGGCUGAGCCCUUCGUAUACCGCGGCUUUGUGGCUCCUCCGCGCACCAUGGCGAGCACCGCCACCACGUCAGCAUUGCGCCUCGCACCACCCCCGCUGAGGGAGUAG